CAAAGGAAAACUGAAAUCAAGAGGAUUUUCCAGUCUGUCUCUGGUGGCUGGUCCAGAAGGAUGCCUCAGUUCCUGCUUUUCGCCUGCCUCUUCAUCAUAGUAACACUUGGGUCACCAAGGGCCCUAGACCCUUGUUCUGCUUACAUCAGUCUGAACGAGCCAUGGAGGAACACUGACCACCAAUUCGAUGAGUCUCAAGGCUCCCCUCUGUGUGACAACAGUGUGGACGGGGAGUGGUACCGCUUCACAGGCAUGGCUGGGGAUGCUAUGCCCACCUUCUGCAUACCAGAAAACCACUGUGGAACCCAUGCACCUGUCUGGCUCAAUGGCAGCCACCCUCUGGAAGGUGAUGGCAUUGUGCAACGCCAGGCCUGUGCGAGCUUCAACGGCAACUGCUGCCUAUGGAACACCACUGUGGAGGUCAAGUCUUGCCCUGGAGGCUACUAUGUGUAUCGUCUGACCAAGCCCAGCGUCUGCUUUCAUGUCUACUGUGGUCAUUUUUAUGACAUCUGUGAUGAGGACUGCCACGGCAGCUGCCUGGGUACCAGUGAGUGCACAUGUGCUCCAGGAACCGUGCUAGGCCCCGACAGACAGACAUGCUUUGAUGAAAAUGAAUGUGAGCAAAACAAUGGUGGCUGCAGUGAGAUAUGUGUAAACCUCAAAAAUUCCUAUCGCUGUGAAUGUGGGGUUGGCCGUGUGCUAAGAAGUGAUGGCAAGACAUGUGAAGACAUUGAAGGAUGCCACAAUAACAAUGGUGGCUGCAGCCAUUCUUGCCUUACAUCUGAGAGAGGCUAUCAGUGCGAAUGUCCCCGGGGCUUGGUGCUGUCUGAGGAUAACCACACUUGCCAAGUUCCUGUAUUCUGCAAGUCGAACACCAUCGAAGUGAGCAUCCCCAGGGACCUGGUUGGCGGCCUGGAGCUCUUCCUGACCAACACCUCCUGCCGAGGCGUGUCCAAUGGCACCCAUGUCAACAUCCUCUUCUCCCUCAAGACGUGUGGCACAGUGGUUGAUGUGGUGAACGACAAGAUCGUGGCUAGCAACCUGGUGACGGGCCUCCCCAAGCAGACCCCGGGGAGCAGCGGCGACAUCAUCAUUCGAACCAGCAAGCUGCUGAUUCCCGUGACCUGCGAGUUUCCACGCCUGUACACCAUCUCCGAAGGCUACGUUCCCAACCUUCGCAACACCCCGCUGGAAAUCAUGAGCCGCAGCCACGGAAUCUUCCCGUUCACUCUGGAGAUCUUCAAGGACCAUGAGUUCGAAGAGCCUUACCGGGAAGCUCUGCCUACUCUCAAGUUGCGAGACUCCCUCUACUUUGGUAUUGAGCCCCUGGUGCACGUGAAUGGCUUAGAAAGCCUGGUGGAGAGCUGCUUCGCCACCCCCACAUCCAAGAUCGACGAGAUCAUGAAGUACUACCUCAUCCAGGAUGGCUGUGUUUCAGAUGACUCGGUAAAGCAGUACACAUCCCGGGAUCACCUCGCAAAGCACUUUCAGGUCCCCGUCUUCAAGUUUGUGGGCAAAGACCACAAGGAAGUGUUCCUGCACUGCCGGGUCCUGGUCUGUGGGAUGCCGGACGAGCAUUCCCGCUGUGCUCAGGGCUGCCACCGGCGAGUGCGUCGUGAGGCAGGAGGAGAGGAUGCCGGUGGUCCACAGAGCCAGAUGCUGACGGGUGGUCCAAUCAGCAUCGACUGGGAGGACUAGACAACCCACCACCCAAGUCCUCCUGCAAGCUGCCUGUCUCUCUGGAAUUCUCCCCUCGUCUUCUGAGAACAUCAGUGACACCCUUGAACACCAUGCUGCUUUAAACGUUACACUUUGGGUUUAGACAAACCCCCAGAACCGACUCACUCUGACUCCAGCCCAUUGGAUCAGAAAAAGUCACCUCACUGCUGACCAGCCUGUUCCAGAUGGAGCUUCAUCCUCCUAAUGUGGAAAGCUGUGCCAUGCACCCCCAAAACAGCUCACCCCCAUGCUCCCCCAUUUCUCUCCUGCAAUAAAACACCUAGUGUAGAAUGCAGCAGCACCACCACUAAAAUCAGAAGUUGGGUAUAUUAUUUCAAAUUAGGAAUUUAAAAAAUGAAAUAGUGGCUUGAAAUUAUGACUUAAAUACCCACUGACUCCUUAAAUAUGUAAACAAUAAUUAUACCCUAAAUUUUCCAUUCAAAUACAGAAUAUUUAUAGGGGAUUUGGAAGUUUAUCACUGUAAGUGUGUACUAAAAAUAAACUAUUUGGAUUUUCUCCUGAAUAAUAUUUUCCUCUGGGGUUUUUAUGUUGUUUUAAGUAAACUAUUUUCAAUUAAUAAAUGUUAAUAAACUCAUUAACAUGCACUUAACAUGCAUUAGCAUGCAUUUAAGUGGUUCAGUGACUGAACAGUAGACAAAAUUAAAAUAUGGCAACAUAUGCCCUGUUAUUUGGCAUUCUGUGCCCUCAGACUGACAGUAGAAAAAGCUAUAAGACUACACCAUACUCUAUUUUGUAGGUGCUUAAUAAAUUUUAUUGAAGUAAAUAGCCUAAACCACAGAGAUAAAUGUUAUCCGCAGUUAAAUCCACUUGCUAAAUAUGCCAAUUCGUUUUAUGGCUUUACAGAAGAUCAGAAAACAGUUUUUCUACUUUUCUUUUUAGAAAAGGCUGCACCAACAAUUUGUAUUGGAACCACUAACAUUAACAAAAGGAAGAAAAAGGAGAAAACAAUAUAAAUCAGGGAUUGGCAAACUUUUCUGUAAAGGGCUGAAGGAUAACUAGUUUAGCUUCCUGGGUCAUACAGGCGCUGCCACCCCUGCUCAGCCCGGCCGUCCUAGCACAGGGCCAGCUGUAACUAAACCCAAAGAAGUGCUAAGCCUGAUAGGCCCAGGCCUUUGUUUAUCAGUCCCUGACUUCUGUGGUCCUCAGGCCUCACAGUGCAUCAGAAUCAUUGAGGAGUGUUUCUAAAAUACCAGUAUGUAGGCACCAGCCCCCAGAGGUUCUUUAGGGUCUUAAUACUCCUCAGGUGAUUCUAAUCUACAAUCAGUGCUGAGAACCAGUGUUUUUAAUACUCCUCAGGUGAUUCUAAUCUACAACCAGUGCUGAGAACCAGAGUUUUUAAUACUCAUCAGGUGAUUCUAAUUGCAACCAGGACUCAGUCUCUGACUCCCUUCAGUUUCCACAGACUUUUCCUAGCUGUCUUCAGUACCAAAUGCUUCUCAGAUCUUAACAUGACACUAACACCGCUUAGUAAUUGGGAAUUUCAACAGGGUUAGUUCAAUGAACGGAGUAGGCAAUGGCACCCCACUCCAGUACUCUUGCCUGGAGAAUCCCAUGGACGGAGGAGCCUGGUGGGCUGCAGUCCAUGGGGUCGCUAAGAGUCGGACACGACUGAGCGACUUCACUUUCACUUUUCACUUUCCUGCACUGGAGAAGGAAAUGGCAGCCCACUCCAGUAUUCUUGCAUGGAGAAUCCCAGGGACAGAGGAGCCUGUUGGGCUGCCGUCUAUGGGGUCACACAGAGUCGGACACGACUGACGUGACUUAGCAGCAGCAGCAACAGUUCAAUGAAGGAAAAAAUGGAACCCCAGAGACCUCACUCUGUCUGACCUGCACCUCCACAGGCUUUAAUCAAGUAAGUCUCUGACCUUGUCUUGUUCUUAACUCCUCAGCACCAGUGGUUAUAAUUGUUGUCUUUGGAGGAACUUACCAGGUUGGGUUCUGUUCUCUUCUAAGUGAAAUGGAAGCACAUUGGUGAUAGUGGAAUUCAUUCAUCUCUUUUCAGA